CCCAGCUCAGCGUCGAUUACACCGAGAGGCUCAGCUCGGCACGUCUAGCUCCCUUUUUGCUCCGGCUUACAGGGCUCUCCACUACCGCGAAGUUGGGGCGCUCGCAUUCUGGCACAAAUGCGGCCUAGACUUCAUGGCCGGCCCAGUCUUACCCGCCUUGCGCUUGAGCUGGUCAGCAACUGCAGGGAUCAUAAACAACUAUGGUAUAGGACAUGUACAUAAUACUGAUAUUCAGAUGCCUGGACGAAAUGAAGGGUGAUAAAGACGAAAUCAGAUAUAAAUAUGGCAUUGUCCUUGCCUUUCAAGAGAGGGGGAAACAAUGAGCACUCACUCAAAGUUGACAACGUGAAUAUCUUCUUCGCAGCCUCAGCGUCUCCUAUACAGCAUCGUCUUUGUUUCUCCGCCGGCUUCUCCGAUUACAAUGCGGACAGGACUGCUUUUCACAGGCUUCGUAUUUGCCAAUACGGUAGCGGCGAGCUCCCUCCUCGACAGAAGAGAUGACUGUCCUUCCGGAAGUGUUCACAUGUCCGGUUUUGUCUUACCCGGGGGGAGCUUCGACGUUUGUUGCCCUGGGACUUCUCUGCACGCCGACGGCACCGAAUAUUGCUGUGUAGGGGGUGACAAACACAGCAAAGAGGUCAACAAAAGAGACCACAUAUGCAUCGGCGAUGCGGCAGAUUGCUCGUCGGCUGACCCGACCUCGUCCUGUGUCACGGCGGUCCCAGCUACAGCAGGAGACUUUUCUGACAGAGUUGCAAGCGCCACAAGGACAAUGAACAGCCACCCAACUUCUGAUGGAUCCGUAAACUCCGCAUCACCGACUCACGAAGCUGCCGGAAGCGUGAUUACGGCUGCGGCCUGGCCUGUGUGGGCGGCGGCUGCAGGAGGAGCGGCUGUGCAUGCUGUUCUCAUGGCAUAAACUACAUGUACCAAAUGUUUACCUGAUACGUGGCGGAGUUUUAAGCCCUUGGAAAAGACUGUG